GCUGAAUUACACUCACUCACUACUCAUAGAAAGGUGACUGUCUGCCUUAGCCACACUGCCAGCAUUAAAAGAAAGAGUGAGUUUGAGUAAAGCAUACCUUUUUCCUUUUGUUAAUUCUCAAUUUCAUCCAAAUUUAAUAUAUUGCUAGAUUUGCUAUAGUAUUAUCUUAGUUUAUGAUAAGCUACCAGGAAGCUAUUCAUUGAAGAAGUAAAUUGCCUGUCCUUGUUCAUAUUGGGCUUUCUUUCUCCUUUUGGAUUCUUUUUACCGUUUUGUUUUGGAGGUAAACCAUAUCGUUAGGUUUGACGAUUCUUACUUUUUGUAUAUAUCCUCCUCUUUGUUGAAUUGGGCUCGUUGUCUUGCUCUUUUUUUUUCGUAUUGUUAGGUGAAAGUGCCAAAGAGAAGAAUUCGAGUUGAAUUCCCCUAAUUUGUAUAAAUAUUUGACAUUGUUCGUCUGGAACUACUACUUUUACAAGUUUCUUUUUGCAUUUCAUUUUGUGACACAUUAAGCAUUCCCCUUUUCUUCCAUAAUGGUUUUGUUUCACAGAAAAUUUAAACGAGUCUUUAUAGCGGUCACUUUGAUUGCCUGUCUUGUUUUCCUACGUUAUCGAAAUGAUUUUCGAGGUAUCUUGGGCGUUUUGGAAACCUCUGUAUUCAAGAACCCUUUUGCAGACCAUCAAACAAAGUAUUUUGAUCGUUCAAGUGUCCCUAAUCCAGAGCGUAGUCAAUGGCUUCCUGACGGUCGUGUAAACGCCGCUUUUGUUAGUCUUGCUCGUAACGAAGACCUUAGAGAUAUGGUUCAAUCUGUCCAGCGUUUGGAGCGUCGAUUCAACCAUAAGCAUCAUUAUCCAUGGGUAUUUCUGAACGAUGAGGAGUUUAAUGAAGAAUUUAUGAGACGGAUUAACGAAACAGCUUCUGGUCCUGUCGAAUUUGGUGUUAUUCCUAAAGAACAUUGGCAGAUGCCUGAAACGGUGGACCUACAAAAGAUGCAUGACAAUUGGAAUAAACUAAAAGAAAAUGAUAUUCUUUAUGCCGAUUCCGAAUCGUAUCGUCAUAUGUGUCGUUUUGAAUCCGGUUUCUUUUAUCGACAUCCACUUGUUAAGAAAUAUGAAUAUUACUGGCGCGUUGAACCCAGCGUUGACUUUUGGUGUGAUUUGGAUUUUGAUCCUUUCGCGUACAUGAAACAAAACAAUAAAGUUUAUGGCUUUACCAUUACAGUUACUGAAUACCCUGAAACUAUCUCAACUUUGUGGGAAAACACUCGUAAUUUCCUAAAGCAACACCCAGACACCCUCCAUCCUAAUAAUUCCCUCAAUUUCAUAUCUGAUAAUAAUGGCGAAACCUAUAAUAACUGUCAUUUUUGGUCCAAUUUUGAGAUUGCAAGAGUUGAUUUCUGGGAAAGUGACGCUUAUACAAAAUACUUUGACCAUUUGGAUAAGUCCAACGGAUUUUUCUAUGAACGUUGGGGUGACGCUCCUGUUCACAGUAUUGCUGCUGCUCUUUUUACAGACCGUGACUCAAUACAUUUUUUUAAUGAAAUUGGAUACUGGCAUCCCUUCAGUGGCCAUUGUCCCCUUGAUGAACCAACUCUUGCAAAAUGCGAGUGUAGUCCAUACGAUUCAAUUGAUCAUAACGGCUGGAGCUGUCUAAACAAGUACUACGAUGCUUUUAAAAUACCUUAUCCUGCUAACUGGAACUUGUACAGAGGGGGAUAAUUGUACCUAUCAUGAAAUAGGGUUUUUAUAUGUUAUUUUUGUUCUUGUUGUAUUUUCUUGACUCUUUCUUACCCACACUUCUAUUAUGCAUAUCAUUCGUCUGCAAAGUUGUUAAGUAUUUACUUUGUGUACCCCUUAUUUCCUUCUUUAAUUUUUUUUCUCAUAUU